GAGAGGCAGGUUUGCGCACACACACGCGCACACCGGCGCAGAACAGCGAGCGAAUUCACUCGCCGGCUCUCAACAAGAACGCGUCGACAUAUACACCGUGCUUGAACGUACUGAGGUGAUAUAUCUGUUAUUUAUCCUACGGUCGAAGGCGAGUCAAUCGUGAAAAUGGCCGGGGAAAAACGUACUCAGGAUCAAGAGGAAACCUUGCUUUCGGAAACGGUGAUCUUAGUUGACAUCGAGGGCACCACAACGAGCAUAAGCUUCGUGAAGGAUACCCUUUUCCCUUAUGUACGAGAGAAUUUAAAAAAAUAUGUUGAAACGAAAUGGGAGGAUGAGGAAUUCAAACAGGAUUUUGAAAAAUUGAAGGAGCAGGCAAAAAAAGAUGAAGAAGAUAAAGUUGAUGGUUUUGUUCCUAUUGCUGGUGCUAAAGCAGAGGAAGAAAAAGAAUCACUUAUGAAAAAUAUUUUGUGGCAAAUGGAUGGUGAUCGCAAAACUGGUGCACUGAAACAAUUUCAGGGACACAUGUGGCGUGAAGCUACUAACACUGGAAUAAUCAAAGCACAUGUUUACGAAGAUGUGCCAAAAGCAUUAGAAUCGUGGACAAAUGAUGGUAGAAAAGUCUAUGUUUAUUCAAGUGGUAGUGUUGAAGCACAGAAACUUCUGUUUGGACAUUCUGUACAUGGUGAUUUACUUAAGUAUUUCAGUGGUUAUUUUGAUACUGAUGUAGGGGCAAAACAAGAAGCAAGUAGUUACAAAAAAAUAUUAAAUAAAAUUGGAGCUGAGCCAUCGAGUGUACUUUUUCUUACUGAUGUUGUUAAAGAAGCAACAGCAGCUAAAGAAUCGGGCUUAUCAACAAUUAUAGUGCAGCGUGAGGGUAAUGCUCCGUUAACCGAUGAAGAAAAAGUUGAUUUUACAACUAUCAAGUCCUUCUUAGACUUAACGUUUCAAACAUCUACGAAGAGACAAAAGUUAGAAACCACCGAAACGCAAGAAACUGUAAAGAAGGAUACGGAUACAAAGAAAGAUAUUAGUGAACCAAUGGAUACUUCUGAAGAUGUUGAAAUGUCUGAUGUUAGCGAGAAGAAGGAUGAGAAGGUGGAAAUGAAAGAAGCUGUUCCAGCAGAAACAAAGGAAAGUGCAAAAGAUCAAUUACCGAAGGAAACUCAGAAAUCAGAUGUGAAAGCGGAAGAACCUAUGAUUACCGACGCAAAGGAUACACCGAACACCGAAAAGGUAGCGGAAACUGUAGUAACCGAGAAAAUAGAAGCCCAAGUGUCUGAGGUGAGUACAAAAGCAGACGUUUCUGAAAAUGUACCUGUCGCGAGCAAUAACACUGAAUUGACAUUAACACCUUCGAAGAACGAUGCGGAUAAGUCCAUGGAAACUGAAAAAGUAGAUAAAACUACGGAUUCAGCCGAAAAAGCAGAAAAAGUUGUAGAAUCUGCAUCUGCAGAGACGACUCCCACUGUCAGUGAUCCGUUGGAUGUUACAAGUGAGCCUAAAUCAAAGUCUGAAGAAGUUUCUAUGAAAGAGAAUGAGACUGAAGAAUCCAAAAAUAUCAUUAAAGAAACAAAGUCUGAAGAUAGUACAGUACCAGAUGUAAAACCUAAUGAAAAUGUAUUGCAAGAGAAGAACAGUAGUAAGAAUGUAGAAGAGAAAACUGAAGAAUGUCCUAAAAGUAACAAGUCUGAAAAAGAAGCAAAGGAAGAGUCGGCUGAGAAGGUGCCCAAGCCUAGUACGACAGAAACCCAGAAAUCAGAAAAUGAGGAACCCUUGGUUAAACCUACACAGGAAUCUACGAAAACUGAUGAAAAGCCUGUAGAAAAUGGCGAUGUUCCAUUGACGAACGUAGAGAAAGUGUCCGCACCAACGAUAACAGAACCGGCAGAAGCUACCGGUAGCAAAGCAGAGACGAAAACCGAAGUAAAAAGUUCCACGGAAGCAAAACCGGCGGAAAAAACGGAGUCAGAAUCUGUCAAUGAUAAAAUUUCAAACACAAAAGAAACACAGGAGGCAGCUGUGUCUGUAAAAGAAACCGAAAAGAAUGAGGCCAGUGCUGAAGCAAAACAGGAGUCGAAAGAGAAACCAGUGAAAGAAGAAACUGUAGCAGACGAAGUGAAAGAAACAAGUACAGUGGAUCCCGAAAAGAAGAAAUUAAAUGGUACAACACAAAAUGGAGACACAGAUGUGAAAGUGUCGGAUGAUAAAUUACAUAGAAACGGACUAAACGAAGGAUCAUCAUCUGAAACUGUUAAUUCAUCAACCAACGAAAGCACAUCUGCACAGAAUGGUGAACCAGAGAGUUCUUCAGAAGCUAAUGCAGAAUCUAUAAAAGUCAAAAAGGUCGUUGAUUCUGCAGUAGCCGACGGUGCCGGUGAACCUGAUGUUGUUCCGCCCGUAGUUGUAGCUGCGACGUCUUAAUCUUGUUCUUUAUACAUUUUAAGAAGUCCUUCAUACAUAACCCCAACCCACAAUACUUAUCCGCAGGUAUAAACUGGAAAAGUUGGCUCCCUACACCCUACAUAAAUUGUACGACGUUAAAGAAGUAAUACGUUUAAUUUAAGAUGCAGCUCAUAGGAUUUCUAUUUCUUAAAAGAAUGUGAAGGGAAACGAUGAUAUAUGACAUCCGCAGCGUGUUUCAGAUUCGAUUAUCUUUUAGAUCUAAUAACUUGAUUGUUGAUUGUGCUCACUAGAGAAAUGAUCGUGAAACUUUUGUUUUGUAUUUUAAGUCGCUUAACUUAUCUCUUGUAGUACGGACUGUCUUUUU